AAUUUUCGGUGUGCUCAUUUUCGAAACCCUAGCUUAGUUCAGCCCCCGUUACUUUCCUUUCUCCUCUAUCUCUAUCUCUAUCUCUCUCGCGCUCACAUUUACACUUCGCAGCAGCAGCAGCAGAUAUGUCGCACUUUGGGAGAGCCGGACCUCCGGAUAUCAGAGACACCUACUCCCUCCUCGUCCUCAACAUCACUUUCAGAACCAGCGCUGAUGAUCUUUUUCCUCUCUUCGACAAGUACGGCAAGGUCGUCGACGUUUUUAUCCCUAGAGACCGAAGGACCGGAGAAUCGCGAGGUUUCGCGUUUGUUCGGUACAAGUAUGCGGACGAGGCACAGAAGGCCGUGGAGAAGCUCGAUGGAAAAAUUGUCGAUGGCAGAGAGAUUAUGGUUCAGUUCGCCAAGUACGGCCCAAAUGCGGAGCGAAUUCACAAGGGAAAGAUAUCAGAGACAACUUCAAAGACAAGAGGCAGGUCAAGAAGUCGGAGCCCUCGUCCUAGGCAUCGGGAUGAAGAUAGGGACAGGGACAGGGACAGGGAGAGGGACAGGGAUUACAAAAGGAGAAGUCGUAGUAGGAGUAGGGAGCGAUCUGAUCGUGACAGGAUUCGUGGGAGGGAAAGGGAGCAGCAUCGUCGCCGGAGCAGGAGCCGUAGUGCAAGUCCUGCUCCUCAGAAAGAUCGUGGGAGAGGCAGACAUGAAGAUGAGCGGCGUAGUCGAAGCCGGUCAUAUGAUAGUGCUUCCCCGGUUCGCCGUAGUCCCCUUCCUCGAAGGAGCCUAUCUCCACGUAGGACACCUCCUGGCGUUGAAAGUCCUGAUGCUCGCACUCAUAAUGGAGCUCCUGUGUCAAAAACUGUUUCACCGCUUGGUCAACGCAGUGAUUCUCAAAGCCCGGCUUCACGUAGUCCUGAUGCUGAUGUGAGUUGCUGCGCUGCAUUUUUGGUGUUUUUUCCCUUUAAGCUGGCUCUAUUUUGAGUGGACUAAGUUGUGUGCGGGAAGAGUGAAUUUUUGCUGUUUGCUGAGAUGUGCUAGCUGUGGUGCUGAUUUGCCUCACAGAUGGUGGAUAUCAUGUUCAUGCUGGUUGCAAUCUACUGUGUCUUACCAUUUUUUCUUUGAUAAUGUUCUGAUUGUUUUGGCCCAUGGAGUUUUAGUAGCUGUGGUUGUCCCAAGAUGGAUGCAACUCGCAUGCCUUUACAUGUAGCUGUUGCGCAGGUUCAUUUGAAUGCUGCCUGCUUGAUUCAUUGGGGUCUAAGGUUCGGGUAGCUAGCUGUUUGUGGCAAUGUCUGCAUUGAUAGGGAUUGGCCCGUGUUGGUGAAUGGCAACCUCCGAUGCAGGAGAUAAUUAUAAUUAAUAGAUAUUGUCAUUAGAACGCCUGAUGAUUUUCUCGUUCCCCAUCGCUUUUCAUUUUUUUAUUUUAAUGAUUGUUAUAAUCCUACAAUAGCUCAUAGGUGUUCUUUGAAUGUAGUAUUAUUAUAAACCCCACCUCGAACUGGAUUUUGGUUUUACUAAUUUCUUUGCGGUCUUGGUUUCAA